AUGGGUUCAAUGCCCUCGGACGCCGAAACCCUCACCCUCUACACACCCGACAAUGACUUUGCACGCGAAGUUGAUGAACACAUCAGGAACUGUGCCCUGGCCCAGUCCCUGCGGGCAAAUCCAGAUUUCGUCGAGUCCAGACCCCAUCUCAAAAUUCCCGAGGAAAUGAGACAACACAGCCUGACGGCAGGGACGUUGGCGGGGCCCGGAAUGAUCGUGGUGCCUCCAUAUUACUUUAACGAGAAAGGCGGAAAAUCCAUGGUGCAGAUAUUUUACGUCGGUACUGAUGUCUCAGGACAUCCGGGAAUCGUCCACGGAGGGUUUUUGGCAACCAUGUUGGACGAGGGACUCGCGCGCUGCGCAUUCCCUGCCAUGCCGAACAAGGUCGGAGUGACGGCCAACUUAAACAUCAAUUACCUCAAGCCGACCAUGGCGGGACAGUUCCUGGUGUUGAGGGCCAAGACGACAAAAGUUGACGGCCGCAAAGCGUGGGCUGAGGGAUGGAUUGAGAGCCUCGAGGUUGCCGAAGGAGAGGAACCCGUCAAGUUGGUCGAGGCUAGUGCGUUGUUCAUUGAACCAAAACAUGCCAAGGUAUUAAAAUCUCUUUACAAGGUGGCGGCAGCGUGA